CUCACCAUGAUAUGCUCCUCUGCGGUUUCCUCUCACUAUCAUCUUGGAAGGUUCACUACCAUCAGGAGUCUGAGGUGCAUACACCCUAAUAAGAACAUACUUAAAUGUUCCCUGAGGGUCAAUUUCUACAUUUGGGAUGGCAUUUAACGGAUCUGUAGACAUCUUCCGGAUAAUUUGCAAAUUCAAAUCUGCAAUGACAAACCAUUUAAAGAACUUAAACAUGACAAGCAAAUGUUAAAUAAAACCUUCUCAAUUAAACACCAUUUAUAAUGGAAAAUAAAAACUUUAACAACAUAAUAACUUACUAAAUGAAUUAAAUGGUGCUCUAAGCGCCAAAAUUAAUCAACCACAAGGAAAAACACAGCGCAGAUUGUCAAAUAAUAAUUCAAGAAGUUUGAAUAGCUUAUAAGUACUAGGAGGUUAUUGCGGAUAAAUUGCUGUUAUACAGAAUGUUAAAAGGUAUUAGAACUCUUAAAAUAGUUAAUACUGUAAGGGGACUUUGUGUAAAUAAUGGCAAGAAUUUGUCUUCUUCAUUUACUUCAGAUGCUAGAAAGAACGAGCUCAGUAAUAGAGAAAAGUUAAAGCAGCAUCAACAACAGGUGAUGGCUAGAGGUUUACCAAAACAGAAACCUAUUGAAGGUGUUAAAAAUAUAAUUCUAGUUGUCUCUGGGAAAGGAGGGGUAGGGAAGUCAACUACUGCUGUUAAUACUGCAGUAGCUUUAGCUGACAUGAAGAUAAAUGUUGGAUUAUUAGAUGCUGAUGUUUUCGGCCCUUCUAUACCUUUAAUGAUGGAUCUCGAUGAAUCUCCUCUCCUUACUGAUGAUAAUAAAAUGAUACCACCCACCAACUUUGGAGUUAAAUGCAUGUCAAUGGGUUUUCUGGUGACUGAAAAGGCAGCUGUUAUUUGGAGAGGAUUGAUGGUUAUGAGUGCUUUGGAUCGCCUCCUUAGGCAGGUACAGUGGGGCUCUUUAGACUACUUAAUUGUCGAUACCCCUCCUGGGACUGGUGAUACACUUCUUUCACUCAUUCAGAAUUUGCCAAUAUCUGGUGUAAUAAUAGUUACAACCCCACAAAAAGCUGCUGUUCAAGUUACGAGAAGAGGAGCCUCUAUGUUGCAGAAGCUGUCAGUUCCGAUAAUUGGUAUUGUUGAAAACAUGAGUUUUAUCCAGUGUCCGAAUUGCAGUCAUGAAGUUUCAAUAUUUGGAGAUAAUACAAAAGAUUUGGCUGUAGAAUUAGAUGUUCCAUUACUGUCCAACAUCCCUCUAGACUCUAAAAUAUCUGUUUCUUCUGAUGCUGGAGUUCCAGUUGUACUGUCAAAACGGGAAAACAAUCAGUACUUGGAAAUGGCAGUUACACCCAUCCAGCUUGUCACCAUCAUCUAUGGCACCACAACUAAUGCAGUUUCGAGGCCUCUUGCAGCUUAGUCUGCCUGUCUUUUCUAUUGGUUGUUGGCACUCUCCAGCUGUGAAUUCUCAAGAUCGAAUUUUCAUCCGCUUUUACUCCAUCCUAGGAACCUGAUCCAGAGUCAUUCUAAUUUUAUGUCGAUCCCAUCAAAUGUGUCCUACUUCUAUCACCAGGGCCAGUUAUGUAUUUGGUUUUAUUGAUUUAGAAUUACAGUUUUGUUUGUGUUGUUCUAUUCUUUUUUAAAACCAUUGUCCAGUUUGUCCAAAAUAGGAUUCGUUAG